AUGUUUCUCCUGGAAUAUCUUCAACACAGGCUAGACUGUCGUUUCAAGCAAAGCCAGCGAGCUGCCAAAAUCAGAGCCCUCCCAGGAUGCCAUGGCCCCUUCAGCGUCAUAGACCGAGAGACCAUCAACAAACCAAUCGAGAACCUCGUCCUCGAAGUACACAAGGACGCUGGCCGAGCCGAUGAGAUUUUGAACACGUACGCCAAAGUUGCUGUCAGGGCACACGAAAAGACCAACUGCUUAACUGAGGUUAUGAUACCUUCCGCGGAGCAAUGGCUCAAAGAUGGAUCGAUUAAUCUGAGUGGCCCUCUGGCAGGUAUUCCUGUCAGUCUCAAGGAUACUGUAGAUGUAGCAAGGUAUGACUCCUCGGUUGGAUUUAGCAAGUUCGUUGGCGAGUACGUUGGCGACGUGAAAACAGAGGACGGGGGAAUGACGAAGCUGCUGAAAGACGCCGGAGCCGUACCGUAUGUCAACACCAACGUUCCCGUAACGUUGUUGAGCUUCGAGUCCAGCAACGACGUUUGGGGCCGAUCUACCAAUCCUUACAAUAGCAAGUACGCGCCGGGAGGUUCUACCGGUGGCGAGGGUGCGCUGCUCGCUCUCGGCGGCAGAACUGGAAUCGGGAGCGACGUCGCAGGCAGUGUCCGAUGUCCCGCUCAUUAUUCGGGUAUAUAUUCUCUUAAAUGUUUUACAGGCCGAUGGAUGAAGCUGGGAGCAAGCACGUCGAUGCCGGGUCAGGAUGGUGUCCCUUCGGUUUACUCCCCGAUGGCUCGGACCUUGGAUGAUCUCACGUAUUUUACUCGAUCCAUUAUUUGGAUGAAACCAUGGACAUAUGACUACUCGGUGCAUCCUCUUCCAUGGAGAUCUGAAAUUGAACAGGAAAUCCUACAAAACGGCAGACCCAGGGUUGGAGUCUUCCGGACAGAUGGUGUCGUAGACCCCAGUCCUGCUUGCAGAAGGGCCCUUGAGAUGGCUGAGACGGCUCUUCGCAAUGCCGGCCACGAGAUUGUUGAGAUUAACCCUCCAUCGCCAUAUAAGGCUUUGCAAUUUGUAUCCCACCUCUUGUGCAGCGAUGGGCUGAAAACGGUUCACUCCUUUUUCCGCAGGGGAGAGUCUAAUGACCCCGGCGUUGUACGAAUGCGCUUCUACAUGCGACUUCCCCGACCCAUCAAGUAUCUGCAUUAUCUUUGGGAUGUCCAUGAGUAUUGGCAGCUCAUUGCCAAGCGAGAGGCUUACAAGAGAAGAUGGUUCGAGUGGUGGGAAGAUGCCAAGAUUGACUUUCUCAUUGCUCCGCCUAACGCACUGCCUGCGGUUCCUCAUAAUGGGAUGCACGAUGCUGCGAGCAGUUGUGGAUACACCUUUCUCUUUAAUUUGAUUGACUACUCCGCGGGCGUGAUGCCUGUGACCCAUGUGGACAAAGAAAAGGACCAAUUGCCAAGUACUUUUGAUAUCAAGAGACUCAACGGGAUUGCUCGAGGCGCCUACAAGUUAUAUGAUGCUGAGGAUAUGCAUGGCCUGCCGGUUGGCGUCCAGGUUGUUGGACGGCGGCUGGAGGAGGAGAAGGUGUUGGCGGCUAUGAAGAGAGUGGAAGAUGCACUGGGUGGUAAUAAAUCUAAAUUCAUAGAUCUCGAUUAA